AAGACUCAUAAAUAUCUCAGCUUUUCUCCUUCAUCAUACUUAGAUACUCAAUACCAACCAAAUUUACCUUCUCUAUUCAGCCGCAUCUGACAUCAUGUCAGCAUCUCCGGAACCCUUCACUCUCUUUCACAAGUUCCCCCCAGAGCUCAAACUCGAGAUCCUAAACUUCUGCUCCAGAAACGACCUAGUCUGCCUCUCAUUAACUGGCCCUGAUAUGCGAAAUCUCGUCACACCACUCAUCCCCAGCAAACCUAAUCUUACAUGGGUCGAUCAACUUGGUCCAACCCCCGACGUCCCUUCAGAAUGCCGAGAUCCUUAUCACAACAACAUUCCCCGCCGGCCAGGUUGCGACGGCGCUAGAGAGCAAGAAGUCAUCUACUUCCCAACCGGCCAUCGCUUCAGACGCCAUGAAUACAGAGGGCGCAAAGCACUCACGGGCGGAAAAAGGUGCGAAAAACACCAAACAACCAUUGGAGUCGUAGCAAAGGAUUAUCCUACGGAAAUCGAUGGUGGAGAAAAUGGGGUACACAUGGGAUUGACCACGAGGCAUACCAGCCCAAAGACACCAGAAGACGAAACGCAAGAGUCGUUUAACCGCGUCAUUUACUCCAAGCGAGAUCCUAUUCUACUCUUUUGA